GUCACGACGAUGGGUAAUUUUAGCACGAUAUCAAAUAUAUUUUUUUUUUCAAUGGUAUCUUCUGCAUAGGCGAGAAUCCUCUUUUUGGCACGUUAAUUUAUCCGAUGGCGCCAUACUGCAGAUGAAUGGAAUAGAUACUGGCGUCAAGUGCACGCAGCUCCCACCAAAAUUCCUUCCCCACCAAUUCGCCAUACUAUGUAUACGCGAUCGAUCGAGCGCCCAACAUCCAUCAAAUCCAACUCGCCCAAACAGCACCACAAACAAAAAACUAACCAAAAAAAAAAAAAAAUGGUGAACAACCCCAGAGUCUACUUCGACAUGGCCGUGGGCAACGCCUCGGCGGGCCGGAUCGUGAUGGAGCUCUUCGCCGACACCACCCCGCGGACGGCGGAGAACUUCCGGGCUUUAUGCACCGGCGAGAAGGGUGUCGGCAGGUGCAGGAAGCCGCUCCACUUCAAGGGCUCGAAAUUCCACCGCGUCAUCCCCGGGUUCAUGUGCCAGGGCGGCGACUUCACCGCCGGGAACGGGACCGGCGGGGAGUCCAUCUACGGGGAGAAGUUCGCCGACGAGAACUUCGUGAAGAAGCACACCGGUCCCGGGAUCCUGUCGAUGGCCAACGCCGGACCGGGGACCAACGGGUCGCAGUUCUUCAUCUGUACGGACAAGACGGAGUGGCUGGACGGGAAGCACGUGGUGUUUGGGAGGGUCGUGGAAGGGAUGGAUGUGGUCAAGGCGAUCGAGCGGGUCGGGUCGCAGUCGGGCCGGACCGCCAAGCCCGUUGUCAUCGCUGACUGCGGUCAACUCUCUUGAACUAAAAAGAGGAAACACAGAUUGACUGGCCUGCAUCAGUCAACGCUGUGACUGUGGUCUUAUCUACUCGUUUUCGUUUAUCUCCCUUCGUUUCGAGUGUUUGUUAUGUACUAUGUGGUCAUGAAAAAAAUUUACCGUGAAUAAAUCAAUUAUGGAUCGGAAAUAAUGAAUGAUGGUUAUGUAAACUUAUUAUUGAUUGAUAAAUUAAUACUAAUGGGAUUGUGCUUGCCUAUUAUUGUUUAUUGUGCUUUCCUUCAGUUUCAAGGAUUUCGAGCCAUAUAAUCCAAUGUACUAUUAUUUGGAAGAUAACAAAUGAGGCCUACACUAUGUUUUAACGAGAGAUCAUGCACGUACUACGGUUAUAUAAGAAACACGCAAGCCUAUGUGUUAAGUUUUUAGUUGAUUGGCUUUUCAUGUAACCGAAUAAUUACGAGUCAACAAAAAAUGUUGUAGGAAAAUGUCAUGUGUACCCUUAUAAUUAAAUCACUCAAAUGCAACAAAAUAAUAUUUUCAAUACCAACACACACGGUAUAUGUGCAAAACACUCCGGAUUAGUAUUUUUACUAAAAUAAUCUUAUUAAUAAAUAAGAUUUAAAUAGUUGAAAGAGCGGUAAAAAUUUUCAAAACACAAGAAAAGUGUAGCAUAUUAAAUAGUCGACUUAAAUCUGCAUCAAAUCUCAAUUCUAUCACAAAUCAAGAAUCAAUAAUCUUUGGUCUGGAAGUCCUUUAGAGUUUAGAGUCUUUAAUCUGGUGGUGGCUUGUCUCAAUCCCUUAGUGUGCUUUUACCAUUCCUACAAUUCCAGAGUGUGAGCUUGUCAGCCCUAAUCGUAGUUAAUUUUUACAUAUAAAAAAUGACACAUGCAUAUGUCAUACUCUAGGUACAUUAUUGGAGCAAAUUAGGAGGAAUAGAGGAUUCUGAACGUAAUUUAUUAUUUAAGUAGAUCUCUUGUUACGCAAGGUGCUCCUCAUUUACAAAGAAUAAAGCAACCAUGGCCGACUAACUAAGUGAGGGUUAAUUUUUUCGUACUUAUUAACUCGAUAGUUCAAUCCUUACUAAUUAAGUUGCACAUGGUCACUUUACACAUUUGCAGUAUUGUGUUUUAUACUCAUGUGGCAAUACUGAAGAAUGAGUAGUCUUCUUCAAUUUUCAGAAACAACUGUACAUUAAUCACUUGUCACAUCACAUCCCAAAUUGCCCUGUAUUCUUCAAUGCUUUCCCAUCUCCGGCGUUGACAAGUCACCCCCAACGCACAUAUAAUCACUGACAGCUUCUUCAGAUUGCUCUGCCAAUGUUAAUCACCAGACGACAGGCGCUUGAUUGGAGGACAGUAAAGAUAAUUUCAACCGGCAAAAUAAACGGAAUUUAAAAGG